AUGCCUCCCAACAACAACGCGAUACCCCCCAGAAAGGAGGUAACAGGCCAGCCCGCCCUGCCUCUGGCCCGCGUAAAGAAGAUCAUCGGCACGGAUCCAGAUAUUGGGAUCUGCUCAAACAAUGCGGCCUUUGUAAUCACUCUGGCAACGGAAAUGUUCAUUCAGUAUCUCGCCGCCGAGGGCCAUAACAUGGCAAAGGCAGAGCGCAAGCCCCGUCGUAACGUUCAGUAUAAGGACUUGUCAACCGCAGUCAACCAUCACGACAACCUCGAGUUCCUCGAGGAUGUCAUCCCCAAAACGGUCCCCUACAAACAGAUCAAGGACUCGGCUGCCGCCGCUCGGCUCAACCCCAGGAAAGCAGACCAGGAACCCAAGAAGCGGCAGUCGACCCUCAAGGCCAACGCCAAUGCCAACACCGCUUCCAGUAGUAGCAACGGCGUCAACGGCUCAGCCGGCGGUGCUCCGGCCUCGGAUCCAGUGACGGCUGCCCUCUACUCCGACGACCCCAACGCCCAGCUGGACGCCGAGUCUCGCCGUGCGGCCGGUGACGAGGACGUCGACAUGACGGGAUAG